CUUUGGACCGCAUCACAUCCGCCUUGAAGCCGUUCUACCUUCUUUUUAAAAGACACCCUACCAGGAUGACACACCCCACCCGGCGCAGGUAUCGGGAGUCCCCAUCUGACAAUGUGGACGAAAAUGCUCCAAACGGGGAGGUUGAGCUCCCCGAUGCCGUUGAGAAAGGAGUAAGAUGCGAAAUCAAGGACGUAUACUACACGCCGGUCGAGGGCAAGCUCGGCGAGUAUCACUGGGUGGAUGAGAAACCGCUCGAUGGUCAAUCGACGCCAGCAUGGAAGACCAAGAAAGAGCGGGAGACUUACGCAAUCAUCAGCUUCAACAAGCGGAAGGACUCCGACAGCGACUGGUCCACUUCAUAUGUCCAGAUAAAUAACUCCAAGGUCCACACCGCCUUGGAGAAGAUCCUCGAGGGGUAUCCAAACCUGACCCAAUACGAGUUGAAGAUCUUCCAACCGCCGUAUCUUCCCUUCUUCCACCGCUGGACCGAAUUCACACAGUACAUUGAGCACGAGUCGGACGAAGAUACUUGGCACUAUCUCAAUCUUCUCCGUAACAUGCUUCUUCCGCGUCUCGACGACACCUUCACUCGCUGGGAGGAGGUAGAGGGAACCGGACAUGUCGCGUUCAACAACCUUGAUCUGGCUUUCGAUCCUGGGGACUUCGCCAUUCGUGUCUGCAAUGGAUUCCGCUCAGCUUCUGUCUUCCGUCGGGGCUCUUUCGGCUGUACAUGUGACGGAAGGAGGUUCUUCGAUGCUUAUGUGGAUGUUGUAGACUGGGAUGGGAGACGGUGCGGGCUCCUAUCACAGACUUGGAGGGUUUGGGAAUAUCGUGGACUUCGAGCCUUGACCGCACUCUCCGUGUCUCCUCUGCGAGCUCAUCCCGAUAAGGAAGCUAUUGAGACAGCCCUCAUUUCACGUGGCCGAGUCUUCGAGAAGCUUCGUGGACAGUUCUUCAUGGCGUAUACUGACGAGCACGAGGAAAGAGUCAACGAGCGCACAGUUAUCGAUGCCCGCGCCUAUCACAAGUUCAGCGGGAACUCGUUUCCCCGCUUCGCGAAGCUGAGCGAGAUUGGCCGCCUUACCUGGGCUCAGUCCAUGAACCGGUAUUCAUCUAGUUACGAUGGCGACGUCGACGCUCCGAUGGAGAUUGACCUGACGCCUCUCACUGAUGGGCAAUGUCUGCUGUGCGUCCCGACGGUCAAGUGUUUCAACAUCGAGAGCAAGAAGUGGGAUAAUCUGGACUUGACGAAAUUCCACGAGAUCCCCUGGAGCGAGCGCGCUUUUGACAGCCUGGUGCUUGACUCAGAGGAGAAGGACUUGCUCCUCGCCCUCGUAGAUCGAGAAGAGUUCAAGAACAGCAAGCCAUUUGAUGACUUCAUCAGUGGCAAGGGCCAGGGUAUGAUAAUGCUACUCACUGGGCCUCCCGGUGUCGGCAAGACUCUUACAGCAGAGUCCGUCGCGGAGCAUCUUCGUCGCCCACUCUACAAGGUUGGCGCGGGUGACUUAGGUAUCUCUGCAAGCUCUGUGGAGCGCUGCCUCGAUGUCGCGCUGAAGCUGUGCUCGCACUGGCAAGCGGUAUUGCUUAUUGACGAAGCAGAUGUGUUCAUGGAGGCGCGGACUGCCAACAAUCUCCAGCGGAAUGAGCUGGUGUCAGUGUUCCUCCGCCUUCUUGAGUAUUAUUGCGGCAUUAUGAUCCUCACCACAAACCGUAUGCGCAGCAUCGACACUGCCUUCGAGUCGCGCAUCGACAUCACCCUGACGUACAACAGCCUCACUGAAGCGGAUCGCAAGCAAGUGUGGAAGAACUUCCUUCGCAACUUCGAUUCCAAGGACAUGGAUAUCGACGAAGCUGCAAUUGAUGACCUGGCCAAGUGGGCCUUUAAUGGUCGGCAGAUCAAGAGUGCUAUCAAGACUGCGCGCAUCUUGGCCGCGAAGAAGAAGCAACCCCUCAAUGCCAAACAUCUGAAUGUGGUCUUGAAUUUGAGAAGCAAGGCUUUGGGCUUGAUGGAUGGCGGGACUGCGCACGGGGGAAAUGAGGCUACUAUGAAUGGGGUAAAACCCGCAUAAAGCUCGAGCAGUGACCGAUAGUAUGCGAUGCAGCGCUCUUAACUAUACUUACUACGAUGCAACUGAGGUCUAGCGUAGAAAUUUGGUGCCAUUUGUGGUAGGGAUACGUGGGUCGUGGUACUUCGGCAUAUCUCACCUACGAAAAGCUACUCCUAGGAGCCUUUCGUAGGCAAAGUCUUAAGAGAUGCCAGAGGGCCACCGCCAUCUCCCGCCCUUUAUUUAUCUACUAUGUGUAUCGUCACCUUUCCAGGUGUUGGUAAACGUAAGAUGUCCAUUCGGUUAGCGCCGCUGUUGCUCUUCCCAUGGUGCAAGCCACCUAUGGUCUAAAAUCAGUUCUGCGCUGUGUUUCGGCCUCAGCGAUGCGCUGGGAUUGAAUCCAACCG